AGACCUAAGAUUUGACUCCAACACACAUGAACUGGAAGAAAACUUGUCGCUUGUUUUAAAGAUAAAAAGACACAAUGGUACAACCCUUGGGAAACGCUAACGAUGAUAACAUUGAACAGAAAUUUGUUGAGGUUUUAGAAUCGCCAGCUGUCAGAAACUCAUACUUUGUUGACCAACCGAGUGACCAACAAACCAGGUUGCAAAGCAUUUCAAAACUAAAUAACACGGAGGCAAGUGCUGAUAAAAUGGUGCCGCUAAUUCCCAGUGCCUUUUACAUUGCACACGGAACUGAUGCCGAAUCGUGGCAGCCGACACCUGCACAGAAUAACUUGUAUUACGAUGAAGACGGGAACACCCUAGACAUAGCUGGCUUAGAAUUGAACUUUUACCAGUUUUUCCCCGCCUUCAACUUAAGCCACCCGGGGGAGGAUUCGAACACAGUCCCCGUCACGAAGAUAGUGACCCUGGCAAUGUUUGCUUUCAUUUUCAUCCUGGGGGUCGUGGGGAACAUUCUGGUCAUCUGCACCCUGUCCCGCAACAGCCGCAUGCGAACCGUAACGAAUUUGUUCUUCUUCAACCUGUCUACAGCUCAGCUUCUCUACCUACUGGUCUGCCUGCCCACCCUGAGCAUCAGUCACGCGCUGGUAGACUGGCCUUUUGGUCUCAUCCUAUGUAAACUGAAUAAUUACGUCAUGUCAGUGACCAUGUCCGUCAGUGUGUUGACCAUCACUGCUACAGGUCUUGACCGAUACAUUGCGGUUAUGUACCCAGUCAAGUCCAGAGUUUUAAGAACAACCAAAAAUGCAGUGGUUGUAAUAAUUGUCUCCUGGAUCAUUUCCCUGGUCGUCAUGGCGCCAAGGAUGCUCUUGUACAAAGAAAUGAAAAUCUACCACGUCUCCUCUCACGUGAGACUGUGUUACCGUGUGGAAAGCUUGGCCCACCUGCAGCUGGACACGUGCUUGAAUUUUCUCCUCAUGUACCUCCUGCCCCUGCUGGUGCUGAGUGUGUGCCACUUUAGGAUCGGCCGGAAACUCUGGAACAGUACCCGGCCAGGUCAUUCUCAAAGCGGUCAGCUCAGAACUGUCGCAAUCAACGACAGGCGCCGCAUCGCAAAAAUCGUCUUCGCCAUAACAAUAGUGUUCGCGGUAGGCUGGCUGCCUAUUCAUAUUUAUCACAUUACAGAAGAUUUCAACCAAGGGCAAGUACUCUUCGGUCAAGUUGUCGACAGGGGCACCAUCGUGUUGUUCUUCUCCUUCGGCGCCAAUGCCAUGAAUCCUAUUCUCUACUGCAUGUUCAGCAGCAGCUUCAGGAAGCACUUUAAGAAAAUAUUUCAUCUUUGCGGCUCUGCUAGGUUCUCCAGCUCCGUGCACAACGACGGUAUCGCCACGUUUAUUCCAUUAAACAAGCGAACCCCUGCUGUUCUACUGCCUCGUCCCGCUUCUUUAAUCUCCGACUUACCCAACAAUACAAUCUUCAAAGAAGUCGGGCCUGUACUGCCUUUGUUAACAGAACAAACCGAAUGUAAAUCACGGUCCCCAGAGCAUCGAAAUAAUUCCUCACCACUUUCCGUAGGCAAGCUGGCUCACAUUGAACUUGUUAGCUACCAAGAACUGAGUCUUACAGAACCAGUAUCUAGACUAGCCGUGGAGACUGAGAACUCAGUAGAUUCCGAUGAAAGUUUGGUUAGAACUAACGUAGGAAGUACAUCCAAGCUUAACAGGCGACCACACCCCCACGACAGCCAAUUCUGCAAAGACAUCGACAAGCAUUGCAACGACAAUAAAGGAGGAUGCAGUAGUAAAGAUGAUUUAAAACACAACACAGCUGAAAAAGACAACGAAAAAAUGUUCAGCGAGGGAGAAAAUGUCGAAGACGGUGGUAAACUUGGUAAAAUUAAAAACCGAAAAGUGGUUAAGAGAAUCGGGAUGUACAGGACUCAAAAGACGGGUGUGUCCUCUGAUGUCGUAUUGCCCUUGAUAGGGUUAUCAACAUGUGAAGACGAUCCCUCACGAUACGUCACCGAGAAGAAGAAAUACCUGGGACAAGGACACAGAUACACGCCACAGGAUGAGCCAUGUAAAGACUACCUCAGUCCUCACCGUAGGUCGUCUAGAACAAUAGGCCAUCCCGUAUUGGUCAAAGACGAUGCGAGCAAGCACAUGCCAACUGUAGACUAGCAACACAACGAUAGACAAUUAGCCCGAUACAGAACUCAGAUGUUACAUUACAGCGUGGUGUCAUAAACUAUUACACUUGGGUGAACAGUGUAUUCCCUGUAGGUAGUGUCAACACUAAUAAACACAUCACACGAUUCUUCAUUCUAAGACUAUAUGAUUGAAUGCAUAUCGUAUCUGGAAUUGAGCUUAUCUUACAGACAUAACUGAAACUACCGAACUCUUAAAUGUGCCCUACGUUAAUUGGGAAGAAGUAGGCAUAUCUGAACACAAAAAUCCAUUGUAUAUGAUGAACUUACAGUAUAUUUUGUCAUUUCCAUGUACUAAAUUUAUAUAUACCACGGAUCGAAAUAUUGCAUCGGUCCCUUGAAAGUUAACUUUGCAAAGGGAACUCGAUUCAUAUUUUCUAAAACUUAUAAUCGCACACCGUUGUUCAGUCACAUUAAUGUGUAUGCUAAUUUUAUUUUACUAUUCUUGUAUGUACCUCACAUUUACUUGUAAGUGCUAAUUUUUGCUGUUGUAUGUAGAUGUUGUAAAUCUAUUUUUUCACAACCAACGAAACUGUAUCAAUAACUAUAACAUUCCUAUGUUGUAUAAAGCAAUAAACUUUCU